AUGGGUUCACCACACAAGCGGCCCAAACCUAAUCCUUCCAAAGGACAAGGGCAAGACCCAAGUAAGGCGGCCACGAAGCACCAGCCAGAGGCCCGCUCUGCGACGGUGAAGCCAACAGCUACAACCACAUCUACGGUCUCGCCUCCUAUUGCUACCGACCGUUCUGAAAAUGCGAGCAACAGCAGCAUCAAGUCUGGUGUUUCCGGCGUGAUGAAGGCGGCUGAGGGGGGCACACCUGAGCAGAAGUUGAAGCAAAAGGCUAGUUGGUAUGGGACAUGGCCUCGAAAAUCCACGGCUUCUACGCAGAUUGCUAGGGAGACGAUCCUGGCCGACAAGCCAACGAACGGCUCGACUUCAGCCGAUUUAAAUCGAUUCGAACCGAAGAAACCUCCUGUUCCGAAAACCGAAAGGCCCCCUUCUAUGUACCUUGGGAAGAGCAAGGAAACCUCCGAAGUGACUAUGUCUAGCACAUUAGAAGGAGAAUCGCCGUUAAAUACAGACAACAAAACCAGUAACUCCAUGACCAAAGAUGAUAAGGGCGUCGAAGAGAAUGGUUCCUCCGCUCCCGCGGAUGAACCCACAGCAGAACCCAAGAAAUUGAUAGAAGGACCUUCCACUCAAGUGGAACUUCCACCCGGCAGUGAAACCGCCGAAAGACCUGCCACCGCUUCUGGUUGGCUUGGAGGAUGGCUCAGCACGCCCAAGGCGCAACCUCAAAAUCUUGCAGAAAAUGGAGCACAAACGCCAGAGACUCCAGAGCUAUCAAAGCAGGCCGAGCUACAAGGAGUUGUAGAGCCACAGCCACAGCCGCAGGAACCGCUCCCAGCUACAGCAACCGAAGAAAAGCCAGCUUCAAUAACCGCAGGCUCAACUUCUUGGUUUGGGCUAUGGUCAACUGCGGCGCCGUCAACUGCUACAGAGGAGCCUGAGCCAAAAGUGCUUGUAAAGACGACGGAGGCUGACGUCGAUACCGUUAUGGAAGAUGCACCAGCCCCAAAACAAAACCCUGAACCGGUAGCAGAAUCUAGUAGUUGGGCAUUCUGGUCGACUGACACAUCUAAAAAAGCUGGGCCUGCUGGUGGAAAUCUGCAAGAUGUUGGCCAGGUUGCAGUCUCGGGGGAACCAUCGCAGAAAAACCCCGAACCUGCGAAAGCUGUGACACCAAAGGAACCCAAAAUUGACAAAUCUGGUAAACGCCGUCGACCCCAAUCUACUGAAACCAUCGAGAGCUUACGCCCGUCAACUCAAGCCGCCUCAGCUUCUAGUGCUGCUGUUCAGACUCCUCCAACAGUAGCCAAGAAAGUACCACCUAACCUUUUGAUACCAUCCGUAAAACAAACAUACAGAUUAGUUGAGAACCCCUCAAUUCUACAACAGAUUGCACGCCUCCUCCUUCAUGCCCAGCAACCGCCUGCCAAACAUGUAUUUCUAGUCAAGGAACCGCCAAUGAUUAAAAAGGCUCUGGCUAUCGGCAUUCAUGGCCUAUUCCCAGCUCCUUUACUCCGGACAGUCAUGGGACAGCCUACGGGAACCUCGGUUCGCUUUGCAAAUAAAGCAGCAGACGCAAUCAGACGCUGGACAGAUGCCCAUGGCUCCCUCGACUGUGAGAUUGAAAAAGUAGCCCUUGAAGGAGAAGGGAAGAUUGCCGAUCGAGCUGAUAACCUCUGGAAACUCCUUUUAAAUUGGAUAGACCAUGUUCGCAAAGCCGAUUUCAUCCUAGUUGCGUGCCAUUCGCAGGGAGUUCCGGUCGCUCUAAUGCUUGUGGCUAAGCUCAUCGAAUUCGGGGUCGUGACUACGGGGCGGAUUGGCGUAUGUGCGAUGGCUGGAGUAUCUCUAGGGCCUUUCGCGGACUACAAGUCCAGGCUGUUCAGCGGAUCCGCAGGCGAGCUCUUCGAAUUUGCGGAUCCCGAGAGUACUGUAUCUAAGAGAUACGAGGAUUCUCUUCGGGUUGCUGUUAAAUAUGGUGUUAGGGUCACGUAUUGUGGUUCAAUUGAUGAUCAACUAAUCUCGAUGGAAUCGUCUAUCUUCUCCACAGCGAGCCACCCAUACAUCUACAGAGCAGUUUUUGUCGAUGGCCGCAUACAUGCGCCUGAUUUUCUCUCUCACCUUGUGGGAUUUGCUCUCAAACUGCGGAAUCUUGGAGUCUCUGAUCAUGGCCUUAUUCGCGAACUAUCGGCGCCACUGGCUGGCAGUUUGUAUACCGGAGAGGGCCAUUCUAGACUUUAUGACGACGGAAACAUAUAUGAUGUUGCGGUUGAGUUCGCUCUAGAAACCACGUCCGUUGGUGAUAUCCCUCUCGAGCUAAAGAAGUAUGAAAUACCGAACACGUCAAAUCCGUAUGUCCUUCCAUGGAUUAUGCGUGGUUUACUUGAAGAGGAUUUUGUGAAGACCGAGCUUAGUGCAGAAACCACGGAGCUUUUAAAGGAAUUUGACGACUGGAAACCGGCAACUAAAGUACUUAAAGAUGUGAAAUACCGGUUGGAGGCUGUGCGGUCAAAAUUAUGA